CGGAGCGCCAUGGCAGCCCCUGCAGCCCCUGCAGCCCCUGCCCUUGCCAGCGUCCGCGAGGUGUCAGCCCGAGGAGUUGCCAUGGGAAGGAUGGGAGGCUGUCAGUGCCAUGAUUCAGAUAUACAUUUGGUACGUGAUGGCGGGCGAGUUUGCCCGUUUCAUGCUGCCGGGACAUGACGCCUGGUUGAGCCAAAUGUGGCUAGCGCAACUCUUGACCUACUUCCUGAGCUGGAUGUCACUUCAGCCACUUCUCAGGCGCUUGCCCUCACAGCAUCUGCGCAAGAUGAUCAAUGGCCGUGUCACGGGGAGACACCUGGCCUUCGGCUUGGCGUUGGCGCUGCUGUUGGGUUUCCUCACAGCUCCCGUGGGUCGUGGUCAUUUGCUUCCCAGUGCUUCCACGGUUCUCCACGGAGAGCUGCGUGCUGUGCAACAUCUGGCGGCCAGCCGGAGUCUGGGAGGAGUUGCGGGCCUCUUCUUGCUGGUUGGUGUUGUGGCCCCCACCUUCGAGGAGCUGCUUUUUCGAGGCUUCCUGCUGAUCGCUCUCAGGAGAAGUUCCUCACCUAUCUUCCUCAGCAGUUUCUUGUUCGGAUUUUUUCAUUGCCAUCCCAACUCGCAUAGUGCCCUGCUGGGCUUCCGACCUCUGCUGCCCACAGCAGUGCUUGGGGCCUGGUUUGCCUACUUUGCGGUGAAAACUGGCUCCUUGACGACUUCCAUUCUCCUGCACCAGUUCUGGAAUGGCGGGCACGUGUUGCUGGUCGCCAUUUUGACGUGGAUGGGCACAUCUCCUUGGCUGGUUGACAUGGCCGUCUCCUGCUACGCCUGAAGGCGCCAAAGAAGGGUGCCAAAGGAGCACCAGCGCCAUGUGAAGCCACAGCUGACUGGCUUCUGCUCCUGCACGAGGUAUCAAAA